AUGGAUUGGACGCUCUUGCGCUCCACCAAGGAGCGCGGCUGGGGCGAAGCGCGGGUGGGCAGUGUGUCGCCGCAAGCCGGUGGAGUCGGCUGCUGGCGGGCGGCGGGUCGGCCGGCCGUGGAGGCGGCGCGGCGGCGGGGGCGGGGCGGGGGCGGCGGCAAACCGCCGCUUGCCGCCCUGGCGCCUCCGCCGCCCCGCGCCCGGCCCCGCCCCCGCCCCCGCCCCGGCCGCAGCCGCCGCCCCGCCGCGCACGUCACCCGUCACUCGCACCGACGCGUACGGGCCGCACGCUGGCCGCUGGCAUGUCGGGGUGUGCGCGGGGGCCGAUUCGGCCGGUGCGGGGUGGCGCGGCCUCCCAACGCGGGCCUCCGCCGUCGCCCACUGGACGGUGGACAACGUCUGCUCCUUCGUCUCGUCCAUCGACAUCUGCGCGGAAACUUCCGCGAGCAGCGCAUCGACGGCUCGUCGCUGCCCCUACUCACCGAGGAGCACCUCACCAGCACGCUGGGCCUCAAGCUGGGCCCGGCCUUGAAGCUGCGGGCGCUGCUGGCGCGGCGCCUGGGCAACUGCGCCUUCUGCCUGCACUGCGUGCACUGCCACGGGGCGGCCGCGCAGCCCGCCCUCUCGGCCACGCCCGUCUCGCCCGCC